AAUACGAUGUGCAGUUUUUUUUUUGUGGUUGGUUGCGGCCUCGAUUUACUUCGUUUUUCGUUGAACUUUGUUUCGCUGAAGUGAACUCAAAUCAGAGCGCAGGAGCGAGAUAUGGGUGACAACCACUAACAAACUGCACUGAAAGCAAAUCAAACUUGAAAAAUUUAAUUCGCAAAUGGCAGAUGUUUCUAAAGCUAGCGUUGAUUUCUUUCUCCAUCCCCGCUCAAAGAAUCACUGUCACUUCCAAAAGAAGUAAAGUUUCCCCAGCAUCUGCUGAUAUACAUCUCUCUAGUGAGGAGUUCAACAUUUGUUUUCCCUGCCAUUCAAAACACCAUCUGAAAUACGAGAAAGAUGAACGGUGCCGAUGCAGAAAAUCCUGUGCCGCAACCUGCUCCAGCAGCCGCGCCCCCAGCAGCAGCACCAGCAGCAACACUCGAAGAUAUGUUCAAAGAGAUGGAGAUGCAGGAAGUGCUCCGGACAAAAGAGCGGGCCUGGCGGAAACUCAACAUGCGCUGCGUCAACGCGGCGAUCACCUGUUUCGAGAAGAAGCAGCGCGAAACUGGGGAGGCAAAAUUGCAGACUGUUCCUGAGGAAAUGGCGCGGAAGAUUUUCAGCUUUCUACGCGCUGAGCCCGGGGCUCCACGCAUUCCGUCGCAUACCGAGCAGAUUUUGGCUGCGAGCGAAUUCGCGCUGUCCGUGUCGUAUACCGAUCCCAACACCGGAGAGAAAGUUUUGGUGAGGUUUUCCGACCUUCCGCGGAAUGUGAGGUUCGAAACACUGAACGCGGGAGAAGGCUGGCGCGCAAUCGCUUACCACGGUUUUCCCCAGGGGGCCGUAAAUUCUCAGCUCUAUGUUGCAGACAAGCCCGUUCCUGUUGCUGCCCUGCGUUCGCUUUCCGUUUUUCUAGGACAGACGGAACUGUACACAGCCAGAUGUGAGUUGCUCGACCAGACUCGAGACUCAUGCAGGUUGGAGAUGUUUCACAGGUGGAGUGGCAACAUCCGCUUUAAUGGUGCACCUGGGCGAAAGCCAUCUGAACGCAACAUCAGGAUGCAGGUGCACCUGGAAGGCUCUCUCAAAGGAACGUUUCCUGCCCUGAGCCCCGCAGCGCUUCAAAAACUUGACUGCGGGGACCAAAACGAUCGCGCCGAGGUUCUGGCUACCGUAGAGCGCUUCUACGUCGAAUGCGAACGCAACAGAUCGGAUCACGAAGUGCACUUAGUGUGCGGCUCAUUUUAUGUUGAAGAGCCGUUCACCGACAAUGAUUCCAUGCCGCAUCUUCGUCUUCAUGAUCGUUUCUUGAACAUAUUGGAUCUGUGUGGCGUUCCGGCGCGACGCAAUAACUGACAGUCGCACUCGAUGAUAGACGCCUCGCAAGAAAAGAAAUGUAGUCGUACCACGUCACAACAGAAAUGUACUUCUGUUCGCCUCCUUGUGUUGUAGCAAAGAGGAGUGCGGUAUUUACAUGGAGCGGAAUUUCGCCAAUUGUUUGAUACUGCACAGAAGACUUUUCUUCAGAAGCGGCAAAGAAUGAAACAU